AUGAAUGCGGGUAGCAACCACAGCCUGGAAUUUGCCACUCUACUAGCCUCGCCAGCAACAGAGUUCCAAAACGGUACUACCACAAGACCUGCCGCCAGGGGUACCAAGAACAACCGCGGUAGCUUUAGCAAUAUCUCCUUUGCAUCGAUUGCAGAAUCGGGAGAAGAUGAAACCGAGACCGACGCACCGGAUGCACAGGAAUGCGACCAUGGCAGUUGUUCCGUCGUACGGGAUGAAGUGGAACAACACGAAGAACCCGACGAAGAAUGUUCGCUUGCGGGCGAGGAGGACUACGAAACACGAGAGGCAGCUCGACCCAGGAUGGCCUCAGACACUCGGGCUCCACGACGACGACAAGUUCAGGAGCAGGAGCAGCACCACGACGAGUUCCCUCACCGCAAUCAGCACAUGGCUCGUGCUGAGGAUGCUACAGGGUACACGACGGCGGUUGCAGAGAUGAAACAGGCCGUCGAGCAACAGAUUUGCCAUGCCCUUCAACACGUGACGAACGUGAGCAUGAGACAGAGGAGAAGCGCCUCGAGUGCACAAGUGUCAUCGGACUAUUGGAAAGGACUCUUGGUAGGCAUGUUCCUGGUGCAAGCAAUCUUUGUACCGGUGUGGGCUGCCUGGGCUGCUGGAGGUGGAGGUGGUGCCGAUUCGGGUAUCGUGUUUGCGUUUCUUCAAGGUAGCAUUUGGAAGUUGAUUGUCUUGAUUGUGUCCGGGGUUGGCUUUGUCGUGGUGGCCCUGAUUGCCAUUCAGUACGAUUGUGCUCUCCAAGACGAACUACAAGAACUACGACGACUCGCUGCUACUGCUACUGCUGGUAGUGGUACCGAUAGUGGUGAUGGUGCACACACAAGAACUACUGGUACUCGUCGUCAUGCAUCUGGUUCCAGAACUGGUUCCAGAACAAGUAGUACCACCGUUACUCCCAUCGCAUCGAACCCGCCCGCGGAACAAUCCACGUCGGGCCGGGCGUUGUCCGAACGAUUGACGACGAGGAGUACGACGAGAAGAGUUGCGACACAGCCACAGCAGGAGACUCCACCAAGGUCGGUUCCUCCGGCAGCCACCGUACGGUGGGCUGCCGAGGGCGCAGCAGGACAAGCUAGUGUAGCACCGGACCCUUCGUCGCAAAGACGACGACGACGGCAGCAGGAGCAGCAACCACAGCGCCGGCAGGAGCAGCAACCACAGCAACCGCGACGAGAGGAGGAACCGCGGUCGCAAAGACCACAAAGCCAACAAAAUAAUAGUGUCGUGGCACAAGCGGUGUCCGUAGCUCCGGGCGAAAACAAUAGUGUGUCCGAAACCGUGCCCUCGACGGCUUCGGUACACGAGGAGGACCAAGAACCUACUGAAGUCGUGGCAACUCCUACGAGGAACAACCACGAAGACGUCGUCCGGUUUGAAGAAGAAGAAAAGGAGCCGGAACGUGACGAUUGCAGGGGAUUUGACAAUCGUGACAAACAAGAGGGCGACCGACCACCAUCCGGCAUGGUUGUCACCUCCAGUCAUACCAUCAUGCCCACUCAGACCACCACCAGCACAAGUAGGCAAAUGUCCUUCAACAACCGAUCCAUGACAAUGUCCUUGUCGUCGCACACAUCGCAAAACAUGGAUCAUCCCACCCCGGCGACUGGUGGUGCUCGAGAUGAUGAUUCCUUGACGGCGCCCACCAAAGAAAUUACAUGUGCUCAAUCCACGUCUCAACCAUCAUCCUUUGCGCCGCAAUCUACGCCCGAUUUCUAUCCCGAUGCCACGGUCCUAUUCGCCCACAUUUCAGGUUUCACGGCAUGGAGCUCGGAGCGUGGUCCGGAACAGAUCUUUCUGUUGCUGGAAAAGUUGCAUAGACGCUUUGACGACGCAGCACGACGAUUGGAAAUCACCAAGGUAGAAACCACAUCGGAAUCAUAUCAGGCGGUUACGGGGGUUCCCCAUGAACAGCCCGACCACGCUGAACCCUCGGACCUGAUACUGGGUUGCUGCGGCUUCGGAUUGGUGUGCACAGUGGAAGCUUGA